AGCCUUCCUCCGCCUCCUCGGCUAGAGGCACAACACCUUCCACACAGGGCAGCGCAGCGCAGCGCAGCGCGCGCUGGCCGGGCCAGCUGCAUUCCCCGGGCUCUUCCUUCUCUGCCCGCGCCUCGCAGGCGGCUUGGCAGGGUGGUUAGGUGCAGGGAGGGACCCGCUCUCACUUCCUCAUUCGGCUCGCUCGCCCUGCAGCAGCAGGUUGCUGCUCUUGGGGAGCGUCUCCGCUGCCGCUGCCCGGGGAGCGGGAGCCGGGGCAGGGAGUCCCCUGUCUCUGCCUUCCCUUCCCGCGCGCGGCGGGGCGCGAGCAGCAGGUGGUGCGGAUGGGAAAAGCAGAGCCGGGAGGAGGCGCGAAGAUGAGCCGAGGCAUGAGGGUCCUCCCUGAGGAGCAAGAAGAAGUGCUAGAGGAGCUGCAGAGCCUAGGGUGGUACCACGAUAAUCUCACCCGCCAUGCAGCAGAGGCUCUUCUUCUUUCCAAUGGAUGUGAUGGAAGCUAUCUCUUAAGGAAGAGUAAUGAAAGGAAUGACUUAUAUUCUCUCUCAGUAAGAGCAAGAGAUUCUGUGAAACAUUUCCAUGUGGAAUACAUGGGGUCUUCAUUCAAGUUUGGCUUUAAUGAAUUUCCCAGCUUGAAGGAGUUAGUCAUGCAUUUUGCAAACCAGCCUUUAAUUGGAAGUGAGACAGGCACCCUAAUUGUACUGAAACAUCCGUAUCCCCGGAAAGUGGAAGAACCUUCUAUUUAUGAGUCUGUCCGAGUUCACACUGCAAUGCAGACAGGAAAAACUGAAAAUGAUCUUGUCCCAAAUGCGCCUUCGCUGGGUACAAAAGAAGGAUACUUGAUAAAACAAGGCAAAAUAGUAAAGAAUUGGAAAAUGAGGUGGUUUACAUUGCAUAGGAAUGAACUUAAAUAUUUCAAAGACCAGAUGUCCACAGAGCCAAUCCGGGCAUUAGACUUAACAGAAUGCUCAGCAGUGCAAUUUGAUUACUCACAGGAACGGGUCAACUGUUUCUGUUUAGUAUUCCCACUAAGGACAUAUUACCUGUGUGCAAAGACUGGCAUUGAAGCCGAUGAGUGGAUUAAGAUACUGCGAUGGAAAUUGUCACAAAUAAGAAAACAACAGGACCAGCGUGAUGCUACCUCUACUCUGUAGUUAUUCCUCCAAAUAAUUUCCUCACCGAGAUUCAGCCUUCAACAUUGAAUGUGUCACUUCACACAAGGGCAGUUUCAGCACAUUGCAUUACCUACAGUGUACAGCUAUGUACUUGCAUAUAUAGGAUUAAUGCUAGAUGGACACUUUCAGAAUGUGAAAUGUUAUCAAUGAAAACUGUUGCAUCCUAACAAUGCUGGUUCCCUACCCAAUCACAUAUUCUUAAUGCACAUUUAAUUCAACCACCUAUUCUGUUCACUUAUGGAUCACAAAAGUGUUCAGUAGUUGAAACUUUCGGUACAGUAGUAAAGUACUCAUGUUAGCUUCAUUAAGCUUCUGUAAUAAAUACAUAACUAACUACUAGCAACAGCUGUACUGCAAGGGUUAGCCCACAUUUGAAAUCAGCUAUAUUCUGGAAACCUUAAAUAUUUGUUUUGCAUUGUGGCUUAAGGGUUUAAAUCCUAGAGGAAAAUUAUGGCUCCAGAGUGGAUUUUUUUCAAUGUGAAACUGACUAGAGUAUAUUUUUGUAAUUAAUGUGAGUCCCUAUUACAUGGAAAAUAUAAACUUAAUAUUUUUAAAGUCCGGUGUCAAAGUGGGUGAUGAAUAAUACUUGGUUUUGAUGAAAGCUAUUAGCGUGUGGUCUGAUCCUACAUUUUGGCAGUGGUAGUUGUAACUGCGUAGAUUGCUGCUCUCUCUUGCUGUUAAAUAGACGUACCAUAUUGAAAGCAUCCUUGCUUAUACAUUGGCGUGAUAAGGGCACAGGGCAGUUGGACCCCAGCUUCUCCAUUCCCAGUACGCCCAUGAAGGAGUAGCCAUAGGUGGCCAUGGAACGAGGACAGAAUGCUCUACAGCCAGCGAAGUCCUUGGUCCCCAUUGGGUGGGUAGUGGAAUUCUAGCACAGUCGUGUGCCCUUCACUUACCCACAUGAAGAUGAUCGUUAAAUUUUAUGCAUUUCUGCUAGCAGCAUCUGCUUGUAAUGAUCUUUUCGUUGGUUAGUAUUGAGAGUUUACAAGAAGAAGCUAUUAAUUUUAGUUGAUUAGGUUUGUGUGUCUUAGGGGACAGGGGCAAGGGGAUAAGUUAUAUUCUAGAAAUGAAUUGUAAAGAAUGUGGCAGCUAUCCAAUCAAAGAAAGCAGGGAUCAUGAGUUUGUUUUUAAAUAUCAAAUUAGCUUGAAUUGUACCUGCUCAAAAAUGUUUUACAUGAGAAGGCCAUUUUAUGUUCUCCCGCCAUAUAAACUGCUGUGGCAUUUUUAAAAUAAAGCUUACACACCAACCAGUUUAAUUUUCCACAGCUGCCUUUACUGUGUGACGAGAGGCACCUGAGCCUGGAAAAACAAGAGACUCCAUUAUGAUAGAAUUCAGAGUUGUAAUUACAGGAAUAGUAUUUUGUUUUAACUUAGAUGUUCACAGUAUUUGAUUAAUGUUUUUUGUAUAGACUAAAUAUUUUAAAAUGUCUGAGUAAAUACAGUUUCACCAUACUAUUAAAAGGUACUCUUUCAAACCUUAGAUUGUGAUGCCUGUAGUCAAGGAAGUUAGCAGAAUGGUAGUUCAUAUGCAACAAAAUUUUAUACAAUAAUGAUUUCCAUCUCCUUUUUCCCCGCCCAAAGAAACUACAAGAUAACUGUAAUAGAGUAGAAAUAUUUGUUACAACCCUGUUGGUAAGCCAACAGUAGUCAUGCCUCUCUACUAACAGAUGGGAAAUCCUGUGUGAAGUCAAAUCAUCUCACAAUCAGAGCUUCUUCCCAUGAGAACAGGCCAGGUUACAGAAUAUUGGAAACAAAAUGUAGUAUACACUACCUCUCUCAAACAAGCAAACAAUGACAAACUGAAGCCAGGUUAGAAUAUAGCUUGCGGGUUUUCAAAUAGAGCUUCACACAGACAGGAUGUUACAUUGGUUGAUCAGGGGUCUACAUUGGUUGAUUAGUUUCUAGAUGGAAUUUAAAGUGUUUGCCUUAUUGUAUUAAAAAUGCAGAUGUUUUGGAUCUA